AGAUUCAAGUUACAGCCUGGAGACGGAGAAGAAGGAGAAGGAGAAGGAGAAGGAGAAGGAGAAGGAGAAGGAGAAGGAGAAGGAGAAGGAGAAGGAGAAGGAGAAGGAGAAGGAGAAGGAGAAGGAGAAGGAGAAGGAGAAGGAGAAGGAGAAGGAGAAGGAGAAGGAGAAGGAGAAGGAGAAGGAGAAGGAGAAGGAGAAGGAGAAGGAGAAGGAGAAGGAGAAGGAGGAGAAGGCGACGCUUUCACAGGCAGUACUCUGUCCAAAGGAAAAUGACAUUGCAGCUCUGCUAUCCACUUGCUGCCUGGAUUUUUAUCCUUCUCGUUCCUGGCCUGUCUGAAGGAGGGAAGCUCCUGGUGGUGCCCAUGGUUGGAAGCCACUGGCUAAGCAUGAAGGAAGUAGUUCAGAAGCUCGCCGAGAGGGGACAUGAAGUGGUGGUGCUUAAACCAGAAGUCAGCUGGCAGAUGGGAGAGACACAAAAACACGCAUACACUGUGAAAACAUACCCAGUGUCCACCAAGUUAGAAGAACUGGAUAAUGCCUUUAAACUGUUCCUAGAUCCUUUCCUGAAGGAUCUGCCUUUCCCAGAGAAUAUUAUCGCACCCUACAAGAAUGGCAUACACCUUUUCAAAACAUUCUAUCUUGAGUGCAGAGAACUGUUCAGCAGCACGGAAACACUGCAUUACUUGAAUCAAAGCAGCUUUGAUGCAAUCCUCACAGACCCUUUUUUUAUGUGCGGAGCAACAGUUGCCAAUUACCUUUCACUUCCAUUUGUUUUCUUCAUGAGAGGAUUUCCUUGUAACCUCCAUUAUGAAGCAGCACAGUGCCCAAGCCCUCUCUCAUAUAUCCCAAGAGCAACUUCAUUGAACUCAGAUCACAUGACAUUUUUCCAGAGAGUGUUAAAUACACUGAUUUCACUCCUGGAGCAAUUUCACUGUAAUGCAAUUUAUCAAGAUGCAAUAAAGUUUUCCUCUGAAGUUCUUCAAAGAGAUGUAUCCCUGCUGGACCUCCUGAACUCUGCUUCUAUUUGGCUAUUGAGAUAUGACUUUGUGUUUGAGUAUCCCAGACCAGUGAUGCCCAAUAUGGUUUUCAUUGGAGGUAUGAACUGUGCUCAGAAGAAACCACUGUCUAAGAUAAAUCCAACCACUUACUACAAAAACAUAUUCAAGCUACAGCCUGGAGAAGGAAGAGGAGGAGGAAGAGGAGGAGAAGGAGCAGAAGGAGAAGGAGAAGGAGAAGGAGAAGGAGAAGGAGAAGGAGAAGGAGAAGGAGAAGGAGAAGGAGAAGGAGAAGGAGAAGGAGAAGGAGAAGGAGAAGGAGAAGGAGAAGGAGAAGGAGAAGGCGACGCUUUCACAGUCAGUACUCUGUCCACAGGAAAAUGACGUUGCGGCUCUGCUAUCCACUUGCUGCCUGGAUUUUUAUCCUCCUCCUUCCUGGCCUGUCUGAAGGAGGGAAGCUCCUGGUGGUGCCCAUGGUUGGAAGCCACUGGCUAAGCAUGAAGGAAGUAGUUCAGAAGCUCGCCGAGAGGGGACAUGAAGUGGUGGUGCUUAAACCAGAAGUCAGCUGGCAGAUGGGAGAGACACAAAAACACGCAUACACUGUGAAAACAUACCCAGUGUCCACCAAGUUAGAAGAACUGGAUAAUGCCUUUAAAGCGUAUGUUGCAACUCACCUGAAGAGUUUGCCUUUCCCAC